AUGUCUAAACUCCUCCUCUAUUUUCUUUUCUUCCUCUCGUCCUCUCAACUUCUUUCCACCUCUUUCUCUUUCUCUAAUUCCACCAAACUCUGCCCUGGUCACCAAUCUCGUGCUCUGCUCCACCUUAGGAAAUCGUUUUCCGUUAUUGAUAAUUCCAGUUUUUGGGGAUGCGAUUACUAUGGUGUCACUUCUUAUCCGAAAACAGAGUCUUGGAAGAAGGGUAGUGAUUGUUGCUCAUGGGAUGGGGUCACAUGUGAUAGGGUGACAGGCCAUGUAAUUGGGCUAGACCUCAGUUGCAGUUGGCUCUAUGGCACCAUCCAUUCCAAUAGUACCCUCUUUCUUUUUCCCCACCUGCGAAGGCUUAACCUUGCUUUCAAUGACUUUAAUGGGUCUUCUGUUUCCACUAGGUUUGGCCGCUUCUCAAGCUUGACCCAUCUCAACCUCUCUGAAUCUCUAUUUUCAGGCCUAAUUUCACCAGAAAUUUCUCACCUCGCCAACUUGGUUUCACUCGAUCUGUCUGGGAAUGGAGCAGAAUUUGCCCCGCAUGGCUUCAAUUCUCUACUUCUAAAUUUAACCAAGUUGCAGAAGCUUCACCUUGGAGGUAUAUCCAUCUCUUCAGUUUUUCCUAAUUCCUUGCUAAAUCAGUCUUCUUUGAUAUCAUUAGAUCUCUCUGACUGUGGAUUGCAUGGGAGUUUCCAUGAUCAUGACAUUCAUCUUCCAAAACUUGAGGUUCUCAACUUAUGGGGAAAUAAUGCUCUCAAUGGAAAUUUCCCACGAUUCAGUGAGAACAAUUCCCUUUUAGAGUUGGUUCUAGCUUCCACAAAUUUCAGUGGAGAGCUUCCUGCUUCAAUUGGGAAUUUAAAGCUUCCUCAUUGUUUGGGAAAUUUUAGUAAAUAUCUCUCAGUUUUGAAUUUACGAAGGAAUCGAUUUCAUGGCAACAUUCCUCAAACAUUUUUAAAGGGCAAUGCUAUCAGGGAUCUUGAUUUCAACGAUAAUCAAUUGGAUGGCCUAGUACCUCGAUCUUUGAUCAUUUGUAGAAAACUUGAAGUUCUAGACCUUGGGAAUAAUAAGAUAAAUGAUACAUUUCCCCAUUGGUUGGGAACUCUUUCAAAGUUGCAAGUUCUUGUUUUGCGCUCUAAUAGUUUCCAUGGUCAUAUAAGGCAUUCCAAGAUCAAAUCCCCAUUCAUGAGCCUAAGAAUCAUUGAUCUUGCUCACAAUGAUUUUGAGGGUGACUUGCCUGAAUUGUAUUUGAGAAGUUUGAAAGCAAUAAUGAAUGUAAAUGAAGGCAACAUGACAAGAAAAUAUAUGGGGAACAAUUAUUAUCAAGAUUCCAUAAUGGUGACAAUCAAGGGGUUGGAGAUUGAAUUUGUGAAAAUCUUGAAUACUUUCACAACAAUUGAUUUAUCAAGCAAUAAAUUCCAAGGAGAGAUUCCCAAGUCCAUUGGAAAUCUUAAUUCCCUUCGAGGGCUCAAUUUGUCUCAUAACAACCUUGGAGGACAUAUUCCAUCACCUUUAGGGAAUUUGAAGUCGCUUGAAUCAUUGGACCUCUCUUCAAACAAGCUCAUUGGCAGAAUUCCUCAAGAAUUAACAAGUUUGACAUUUCUUGAAGUUUUGAAUCUUUCCCAAAAUAAUCUCACUGGUUUUAUACCUCGAGGCAAUCAGUUUGAGACAUUUGGAAAUGAUUCAUACAACGAGAACUCAGGGCUAUGUGGAUUUCCGUUGUCAAAGAAAUGCACAGCUGAUGAAACACUAGAGCCUUCAAAAGAAGCGAAUACAGAGUUUGAUGGUGGAUUUGAUUGGAAAAUCACAUUGAUGGGAUAUGGAUGUGGAUUGGUUAUUGGGUUGUCUCUUGGGUGUCUUGUUUUCUUAACUGGGAAACCUGAAUGGUUGACAAGGAUGGUAGAAGAGAACAUUCACAAGACGAUCACAAGGUCUAAAAGAAGUACUCGCAGGAAAGGAGCAAGAAGAAAGUAG